CAUUAAAAAGCUGUGAAAGCGGAACGAUGCCGUCUGUCCGUCUGAGGUCUGAAGGCGCAGAAGUCCAAGUGCAGAAAAUGUCAUCAAGCGGAGUGGAAACGGCAUCACAGAGCCCGCUGCUGUCCUCCAGCUUCUGUUUCAGCCCCUGGUCCUGUGUUUGUGCUAAGGGUUGGUCAGCGGCCGUCUGGAACCGCCUCCCCGCCGCCGCCGCCUCCGGCUGCUCCGCCCCCGAACCGUGGCUCCUCCCCGGCUGCAGCUCCGUCUACGACAGCCUGGUCAGUAACGCGUCUCCGAUUCCGUCUUCUCCUGCUGCCGGCGGCCUGAGAGGACGAGAACGAGCUGCCGGCAACAAGCCUCGCAGGCCGUCCAUCCUGGAGCGUUGCAUCCUCAAAGUGUCGACCAGCAGUGUGGCGGUGGGGACAGACGAUGUGGACAAGAGGACCCCCUUCGGACGCUGCUACCCCCGACUGCCAGACCCGAUCAACACUGAGACCAACGCUGCGGUUCUGAAGCGACGGCAGAAACAGAUCCAGUACGGCAAAAACACCAGCGGCUACCAGAACUACCUGCAGCAAGUCCCCAAGCACCUGAGGGAUCCUAAGCUCCACCCGUCCACUCCCAACAAAUACAGGAAGUACAGCCGGCGCUCCUGGGAUAUGCAGGUGCGCCUGUGGAGGCGAGCGCUGCACCUGUGGGACCCCCCAACCAACGCACUGCCCGGCGCCACAGACACCCAGGACCCAGUGGAGCAACUGCAGAACCAGCUGGCAAAGAUGACCUCUGACCUUUGUGAAGACGGAGGAGAUGAUCAGAGAGAGAAGGAGACUCCAGCAGCCUCUAAAGCCUCCUCCAUGUCUCCUCUGUUGGCCACGUCCAUGGAGUCGCCUGGAGCCUGGACCGUCCCCCAGUCACCGCAACCGGAGACGAGCCGCUGGCGUCUUCGUUCUCCUCCCGGCUUCAGCUCCUCCCUCAGGAGUCGACUGACUGAUGACAGCAUGGCCGACUGGCUCCCCCCCCUGCUGCUGGACGCCGACCACGGCCAAGAUUUCGGCUCUGACGACCAGCAGGUUCCGGUGUUUUCCGACCAGCUCCUGUGGAAUCCAUACUGACUGUUUGAGGCGACUGUGCUGAUCUUUAAAGCGUCGGAGUUGUGUGUGUAUUUUUAUGGAUGAUCUGAUAUAAUGACAGCAGGGAUGUGAUUGGUCCUUGGUCAGAGUUGCAUCCUCCCCUCUGAUCUGUCCUCGGGGGCGGGAGGAGGGCAGCGUCGAGGUUUCCCAGCUGAUCUUGAACGCACCCUCGGCUCGGACAGCUGGUUAUGUGGUUUGCACUUGAUUGUUUAAGUUGGACACUUGUCACCCGCAUCCUGUUUGGAGCCCCGCACUGAUUGAAAAGUACCUGGAGUCACCUGUUUCCUGAAUCUGUUUGUCACUCUGUUGUCGUCACGUCACCUUCGUGCUGUCUGUCGGCCUGAAUCAGGCUCCUCCUCCUCUUGCCGCCAUGUUUUUUCUCAAAAACAAACUCCCUGAUAAGUGGAGGGAAUCGUUGUUACUUUGUGAUGUUGUUUUUGCUUUUUUUUUUUUUUUUUUUUUUUACUUUUUCUCGAGUUUUUUUGUGCUGCUUGAAUCUCGAGCGAAGCUGAAAUAUGUGAUUAAUAAAGAUGUAAAUAAAGUGUUAUAAAUUCA